CCUGUCUUCAAAUGUGUCCCCUACGGAUCACACCGUUGACUGUGUGGUUGGUUAUGAGAAGUACGACGUUAUGAAGGUUAUGUAAACUUAAUGUCACUGUUUCUACGGACAAAUACACCGAAAAAGAAUAAACAGCACACCCACAGAAUCACCUAAGUGCACUGAAACAGAAUGGCGUCCCCUUCACCCCAUGACCGCAGCCGCAAAGACAACGACGAGGAUGACCCUGUUGAACAGAUGAUAUCCCGCACCGGCUGUGCCGAGCUACACUACGCUGUGCAGGAGUGCAUGGCUGAACACCAGGACUGGCGCAUGUGCCAGAGCCAGGUCCAGACUUUCAAAGACUGCAUGAUGAAUUUCCAAAUCGCCCGGAAAGAACAGCUGAUGAAGCAGCAGCAGCAGACCUCCACUGAGUCUGCGCCCAGCUGAACUCACAACACCUCACACCCUCAUACACAUCGGCCUGGAUGUGUUGAAGACAUGCUUGAGGUGAAAAGACUGUCCCUAAUUUAAUUCUUGUUAAUGAAAAUAAAGUAUGAGCAACUACAAAAAAUCCUGAUUUGGACUUUCAAAUGUGUGCAGGAGAAAGACCAACUGAUAAACGUGAUUAAUCAGCCAACAGAAGCUUAUCGCUGACUAGAGACAGUGUAGUCUGGGGCUGUUUAGUGGCCGUUUUGGUAAGGAACCGGAACUAGGGCGAGAGAGACAGGAUCCGAAAUUUGAUGGAUGCGCCUUUCCGUCAAAAUAAAAGCACCAAGCUAAUAAAAAUGCGGUGAAACUUUUUAAUUUAAAUAAUAUAAUUUACAAGAAAAGCCCCAAGCCAUUAAGUUGACCUUUUUCUUUUACUGUAAAUCGAUGGUGUGCCAGAAUUUAAAGUUUUACUUUGGUGAAUUUGGUGAAUUCCUUAUCCACUUUCUAGACCGGAACCAGAAUCCAGACAAAAUUCAGAAUGAAUGGAAACCAGGCUCUUCACCGCACAUGAAGAGCCUGGAGACGCGAGGCUAGAAACAGUGUCUUUAUUAUACAGUUUGUCCACCAGAGAGCACUGGGGCGUUAAUUUUUCAAUUGUAAAAUGUCCCACUCAGUACAUAUCUUCGUCACAACUGUAUUGUUUAAAAAACAAAUUUAAGGGAUCCUGAAGGGACAAAAGU